AUGGUCUACACGCAGAAGUCUGAUCUGAAUACUUCCAAAGCGGGGGCAUCCUCACAACGAGACAAUGACAAUCAUGAAGCAGCUUCACUGGAAACAACACAGCACACAACACAAUACACAGCAGCACACGGAGAAUUGGCUGUCUAUGAUCUGCUGACGUCAAAUGACAUGUCUCCUAAUGUAACAAAUACAACCAGCGCCCUGGAGUCCGGGAAUUAUUCCCUCGAUUGGUUUCUGAGUAACACGUCACAAGCUUUCACUUUCUUCAAUAAUGUAGUUAGUACUCACCAUAACAACAGUGAGGACCCAGACGUUAGCUCGGUAAGCUAUUAUCACCAUCAGCCCAGGUAUAGUGAACCGGUGAUGGUGCUCAUUUGUGUUGUGCUGGGAGGAAUGAUUCUGGCAAUCAUCCUAGGCAAUAUCUUCGUCAUCACCGCCAUUGUAAUAGAGAAAUCUCUUCAAGGGGUAUCAAACUACCUUAUCUUGUCUUUGGCAAUGACAGAUUUAUUCGUGGCCGUACUGGUGAUGCCCCUAAGUCUAAUCAAUGAGAUUAGUAUUCACUGGUUUCUUGGAAACAUUGUGUGUGAUCUGUGGAUUUCUAUGGACGUUCUUUGCUGUACUGCCUCUAUUCUACAUCUUGUUGCUAUAGCCUUCGAUCGCUACUGGGCCGUGUCCAACAUCGAUUAUAUUCGGAGGCGUAAUGCAAGACAGAUCUUGUUCAUGGUGGCAAUUGUGUGGAUGGUUUCUGUAUGUAUCUCCAUCCCUCCGCUCUUUGGUUGGAAAAACGAAUCAGACGGCCCACAGUAUUCAGGCCAGUGUCAAAUUUCACAGGACCACGGUUAUACUAUAUUUUCAACCGUGGGCGCCUUCUACUGCCCACUUGUUCUUAUGCUCAUUAUCAACUUCAAAAUAUACCGUGCCGCACGCUAUAGAAUACGAAAGAAACGUUUCGGUGCACGGCAGGCCAAAGGCAACACACUCCACGUCCCUCUUCCAGCUGUUACUACAGAAGUAUCACAGAGAACUAACACAAGACACUCAUCGGGCAGUGAUGUAAGUCAGGACGGCAUCAGCAUGUACAUGCCUUCUUGCACAAACGCUAACGAACUAUCCCGGGUGGACAUGGAGUCCCCUCUGGACGUCCAAGAAAACGGACAAGCGCUCCUUGAGAAGGAUUCCAGCAUGAGCCGGAUAUUAACAAAUACUUUGACCGUACCAGCAUGCACUACAAAAGUCUCCUUACCUAAACAGAGUGUUGCCUCCAACAAUAAUGUCUCCAAACGUCUGAGACAAGCAGAUAAAGAACGCUAUCGGCGGGAAAAGAUGGAAAUGAGGCGCGAAAGAAAAGCGGCUCGAGUUCUAGGAAUAAUAACCGGUGUGUUUGUUGCGUGUUGGCUUCCGUUCUUUAUAGUUGCAGUCGUAGCCCCGUUAUGUGGGAAUAACUGCGACAUUCCUAUAUUUGUCUUCAGCCUGUGCCUUUGGCUUGGCUACUUCAACAGCCUCAUCAAUCCUAUCAUUUACACCAUCUUCAACCCGAGCUUCAGGAUUGCCUUCAAAAAGAUAUUUUACAGGCGAAUUAAGUCAGUCAAAAGACUAGCAUAA